AUGACACCUGACGACCUGGUGGAAGAGGAAAAUUGUGUUUGUGUUCCUAACGAUGUUUCAGUGGCAGUUCUUCCAUCUUCAGUGACACUCGACGUCCUGUUGGUGGAGCAGAACUCUUUUGCUUUGGAGCGAUCAGUGGGAGAUCCUGUGCACCCGGUGGUGGGUUCUUUAAAACGUUGUCCGUUCUGGUGGAAGCGUGGGUGCUUCAGCCCACCGUGCAAGCGACACUGGGACGGCACGGUGGAGACCCAAAGUCCCAGGGCCAACUGUAUUUUGGAGAGGCCCAGUGGCCCUGUGGCUGGAACAUCCUUUGAGCUGCUAAGAGUACACCCCUGCACCAUGCCACGCCUCCUCAUCAAUGGACCUUCUUCAGCUGGGAGCUGA